GACAUCUUUCAAUAACAGCACUGCAGCAAACAUCAGCUUGCACAACUUAUAACUCCCGCGUCGAUUCAAAUGUUGGCGCCAUGCGGAGUUGAACUUCACCACCUAACUGCGCGGAGGCACCAUAACUCUGGGGAAAAUCAAUAGGGAUCCGGAAAGCCGGAUGACUACGUGGAAAACUCAGUGAAGAUGGUCCGGUGCGUGGAAAUCCGACGAUAAACUGCGGCAAAGCUGUUAACUAAUCUCGCACAAUGUUGGAGGGCGCCGUGGCAAGACUCCUCAACCAGCUGCUGGGGAAAUACGUGGUUGACCUUGACACGGAAAACCUCAACGUCGGGAUAUUUUCCGGACAAGUCCAGCUGACGGAUCUCAAAUUAAAGCCGGAGGCCUUGUAUGAACUAAAUUUGCCCAUUGAAGUGAAGGCAGGAACCAUAGGAAAGGUAUGGCUUCAAAUCCCUUGGACGUCUCUAUGGUGCAGCCCCAUCGUUAUAAACAUAGAAGAUUUGCAUAUGGUGGUGGGACCUGUUGUCACCAAUGAACCAUUUGAUGCGGAGAAAAAUAAAAGACUUACAAGAGCGGCCAAGAGAAAGGUUCUCGAGGAACUUGAGGCUGAUGCUCAACUUUUAGGUGGACCAUCAGCGUUCAUAGAGCAUCUGGUAUCAAAUAUGCUAAACUUUGUACAGCUGACUAUAACCAACGUCCAUAUAAGGUACGAGGAUACUAACAGCUGGAAGACACCAAUAGCGGCUGGAUUAUGUAUUAGCAACAUUACCGCAGAGUCUACAAACGGCAAAUGGAAACCAACACGGUUUGAUCGCCAAGCUGAAACAAGCUACUACCUUGUAAAAAUGGAAGCAUUUUCUGUCUACUGGAACUGCAAUGCUACCAUCAACAAAUGGGACUUACCAUCACAGUAUUACCAAUGGCGAAACGCUAUGUCGUCCAGUCUUCAAAACUACAAUAUCAAUGGUGAUAAUUUCAAUUUUGUUUUGAAUCCGCUCAUAACCAAAAUCAAGAUGGUGAUUACUAAAUCGGAGAGUGGGAGUGUGUCCAAGCUUCAUACUGAUCUUAUAGUUCAAGAUUGCAAUAUACAGAUGACCAAAGAGCAGUAUGACUCGAUGUACGCAGUUGCCGAUUCCAUGGAUAGAAUGAUGGUUAGUUGGCAGUUCCUCGACAUCAGGCCAAAGGAAAAAAUCGUAGAAAAUCAGAAAAUAUGGUGGAGGUAUGCUUCCUAUGCCCUUUUGGAGCAAAGGGUGAAACCUUACACUUGGAGUAGGAUCAGGAGAGUUAGGCAGCAUUACAAAGACUACAGGGAGACGUAUAAGCAAAUCCUCAACAAUCCUAACGAUACCGAAUUGAAAAUGGAUUUGCAGAAGUAUGAGGAUCACCUGUCAAUUAUUAAUAUCGUUAUAGCUAGGCAGCAAGCAUGUCUUAUGGGGCAAGAACGAUCCACUGGAGAAAAAAGUUUUUGGUCAAUGUUACCAUCACCAGAAAAGAAAUUGAUAUGUGAGAGGAUUGGGUUUCGAGAAGAUGGUGAAGAAGCAAAGACUACCCCUAUAGAGCACAAUUACAACUUCCGUCUUGGCAACUUCAAUCUUACUCUAGUCAACAACACCAAAGAAAUCAUGGUCCUAACUCUGACGCAAACGAUCCUUUCAUUGAAACCAAACCCCGUGCAAGAUACUUUCAAGUGUAGUCUAAAGAUAGAGGGUCUUGUAUUGGAAGCAGCCACUGAAGAAGAUCAUCUCAUUUCCAUAUUAAGUACGGAGCACCUCAGCGACAGUCCAGCAUAUUUUUUCAAAAUGGAAAUGGAGAAAAUGCCCAAAACGGCGUCUUGUAGAUACAAACUAGCGCUUGCUAUGGAUUCUCUGGAGUACAUUUACAACAAGCCUUCCAUAGAUGAAUUAGAAUUCUUUAUGAACAUUGAAGACUAUCCUAAGCACAGGCCUCUAGAAAAAUUCACACAUGUGUAUAAUAAACUAGGUUCAUUUGUUAAGCAAAAACUAUUAGAAAAAUGGGAAAUAAAUUUGAAUAUAAAGAUACCAUAUUUUGUCAUACCAGAUGUUAGCUCAUUCUUGAGAGCCCAGUAUUUGUUGGUAGUAGAUUUAGGAAGGUAUAGUAUUUCAACUGAGCUAUGCCAGCAAACGUAUAUAUCAGAGAACGCAACUCAAAUGGAACUGGAGGAGCAGCUGUACUCAAAGUUGUUUAUCAACUGUACAAAUGUUCAACUGUUAUUCUGUGAUACUAGUGAUAACUGGAAGGAUGCAAGGAAGGAAAAGGACACUGACAUGCAUGUAGUGUCCAAGUCUUCUUUCUCUUCCAUUUUUGCACUCAGCGUGGCUAAUUUGAAGACAAUACCUAGAUAUAAAUUCAACAUUACUUUCCAAACGCUAAAGUUUAAUAUAUCCGAAAGAAAAAUAGGCCUCCUGUUAAAGUUUUUCAACAGCGAUCAUAUACAGAUAAAUGUAAUCAAGGAAACACAACCAAAGUUAUAUGACAGUGAUAGGAUGAGAGGGAGAUGGACAGUGCCAUAUCUCAGAAAAACUCAGAAAGGCAUUUCUAUCGCACAUACGCACACGAAAUAUAGACGAUACAAAGUUGAAAAUGGAAAAAUCAGGAAGAAUAUGAAAGAGACCGUAACUAGAGCGCAUUACGGAAAUAUGAAUGAAGCAUGGGCUAGAUGUGUAGAUCUACCAGGUUUAGAAGAUAACAUAUCGCCUAGUAACACCAUAGAUGUCCUUUUUGGCUUUGUCGUAACUGAGUUUUCCAUCCUAUUCUCAAGAUCUAGCGAUAGUACCGAUAAGCAAUAUGUGAUGGUACGAUUAGGACUUUUUACGAUGGAUAUUGCACUUAUGACAUAUGGACCUGCUUACCAAAUGUCUAUAAACAAUAUACUGUUGACCGAUAAGUUGCAUACAACGCCAAGUGGACAAUAUUUGGACCUUAUCCAUAGCCCAUUGCCCAAUAACCAGGAUGUGCUUACAGUGCUUUACAGAAGGGUAAGCGCAAGUUGUCCAGAGUUUUGGACACACUUUCACGGAGUAGAAACAUCAUUAGUUGCAAACGUAGGAACUAUCAAUUUGCUUCUGCACCAAGAGGCUGUUCAUACAAUUUUGAAGUAUUCUAAGUAUCUCAGUAACAAAUUUGGCAACCAAAUUUCCCCAUUCCUCAAAACAUCUUUGGGAAACACGUGGAAACUAAUCUGCAACACACUCCACAAGAAAAUAGAUACACCAGUUCCACCUGGAUCAGUUAAAUUUUCUCAUUCGGCACGACUUGGAGAGCUGAACAUCACUGUAUGUGAUUCUGACUUUGAUAUAGUGCAUAUACAACUGUCUGGAUUGGAGUUGGACUUUUUAUUUAGAGCCAAUGAGAGAUUUGUAUUCAGGUCUUUCCUUAGUAAUAUCAACGUAGAACACUUGUCAGACAUCACUCUGUAUUCAAAGGUACUCUAUACUGACGAAGACAAAGUUUUCGAUAUAAAAUACGUUAAAAAUGCUGCAAAUCUCAAUUAUAACAACGACAUAUUGCCAAAUUUGGAUGAGACUGCUGUUGAUGGAUCUUUUAAAUUCCAACUAGGAAAGAUAAAUUGUACAUUCCUGUACAAACUAAUAGUACAGUUACAGCGAUUCAUUCUGAACUUAGAAGCUCUUCCAUACAUAGAAAAACUAUUUUCACUCAUAUACAAAACCAUAACAGCUGCCACUCAAACACUGAAAGAUAACACUAAGGUCAAUUUAUCUAUACACCUGUGUGGGCCAGCAUUUCUGAUUCCUCAAAAGUCAUCAUCUCCCAACGUACUAGUCAUAGAUACAGGUGAAUUAAAGGUCGAAAACUUCUUCAAAGAAUACUCGUCGGAGAUCACUGAGAAUAUUCUGGUGAAAUUAAAUAAUGUGAUGAUCUCCAGAGGUGUAAUGACCUUAACUUCGACUCUUGAAAUGCAGGAAACUCUCAUAGAGCCUAUUAGUUUGAACAUGGACAUAAAGAAAUUCACCAACUGUAAAACAAUACUAAGCACAUGGGACAUCGACAGCAUUAUCGAAAGCAUCCAGGUCACCUUGGGCCAAAGAGAUCUGACCACCAUAAUGUCCAUAUACACAGACAAUAUCGGUGAGGGUAAAAUACUGGAUCUGUUUCCAGUCCAGAUCAAAUCACCCACUGAUAUACUGAAAACAGAUGAUACAGUGAAAUCACUUGAAGCGUUCUUCUGUGAGCCGAAACAAAAGAAUAUCGUAGCUAAAUGCACCAUUGACGAGAUAAAAGUAAUGCUGUUCUUUGAUUCAGGAGAACUGCUUAGUUCUCCUAUCAGAGAUCUAAACCACGGCCUUUGUAAACUUGAGGUUCAAGAAAUAGAUCUAUCGGCUGUGGUUUAUAGUGAUAGAAGCUUAGAUGGAAAGCUCUCUGUUAAUAAAAUUUUCAUAGAGGAAAUCGGACCGGAUGCUAAUGCUUUCGAUAAGAUAGUCCUUCAGUCACCAUCUGAUGACACCAAAAACAACAACUGCAACAUAACAGUGAACAAGCCACCGAUAGUGGAUAUAACUUUUCAUCAAAAUCAAACAGGUGAUAAGUCGGCGGAUGUUAUUAUUGGCAGAUUAGGGUUAAGUUUGUCCAUACCUUUCUGUGAAAAACUAGCUUUGUUUAUAAUAGAGUGCCUUCCAAAAGAAAACAUGGAUGAUGGCAUUGUAAAUCCUGGUUAUGAAGCUGAAGUAUACCACACGGUACCUCAGCGAUGUUAUUCAACUAGUUUCACUCUAUCGGUAAGGAUCAAUAGACCAGAGCUGACAUUUUUGGUUGAGACAACAUCGAAUAAGAAAAGAUACUUCAUUACCAAAAGCGAAAUCUUGUUAGAUUUUUCAAGACAUUCUAAUAGGCUGAACGUAGUUAUGUCACUGUCUGGUCUUCAUACCCUAUUCUAUGAUCUUGGUGAGUAUGCUGACGAUCCCUACACUAUACUGAAGCAAUGUGACAUGGAGCUAUGCAAAUGUUUCUCUGAAGAAUCUGGAGAGAAAAUUACAUUUACAGUAUCAUCGAUAUAUGUGAAGUUAUGUAGCGAAGUAUUCCAUUCAGUCAACGAUGUUCUCAAUGACAUCGCUGAACAUUUUAAAGUGCCAGAGGUAGAAGCACCUCCUAGUUGAAAAAAAGAAACCCAAAGAAACAGAGCCGAACGACCUCUGGGAGCCUAAAAAGCUCGACGAAUUCAUCGAUAUGAACGAGGAAGACGACUUAAAAUCCAGCCACCUGCACCAUAUCCACGAGAUCCUUCUGAUCCCUAAGCUGGAUAUCGUGGUGAUCUUCGAGCUCGAACAAACUCCUCUGCUGCUAUUCAAAUCCACAGUCGAAUUGACACUCUACGACUGGACGCACAUGUUGAACUGCACUUGUGAGGUAUCCCUACAGCUGAACUACUUCAACGAGGCUGUGCAAAGUUGGGAGCCCCUGAUUGAUCCCAUAGUAAUCGAUGAAAGGGAAUACAAGCCGUGGGAAGUGAUCAUCAAGGUCUUUCAGGAUAAAGCUUUGCCCAUGUGUGAUAGUAUUGAUCACAAAGCGAAGACUAAGUCCUUGAAGAAGGAGCGAGCUAGUAGGUCAGUCACAACAACAGAAGACGAAGAUUCUGGAGAAGAUAUGAUGUACUUGGAACCUUUGAACACUAUCAACAGCGGGAACAACAGAAGAGUCAAAACUAGUUUGUCUACAUUUUUGGAUGAUUCUGAUUCUGAAAACGAAGAUGGUACCAUGGAAAAGCUAGCAGCAGCGAUUUCUGACUUGUUCACAGGAGACUGGAAUGAAAACGAAGACAGUGACUGUGAGCACUCCAGUGAAGGAGAGAACGAAAUCACCGAACAGCCAGCAGACAAAGCAGAGAAAAUUGAAACCCAUCACUUUCUGAACAGAUCCUACUACAUUCUGAUAGAUGCGAAGGAAGCAUUUAACGUCACUAUAACCCCUAGUGGCUUAAAGGUUCUGAAUGACCUCAUCACGCAGUAUUCCAACAAAGUGAUUUCUGUGAAGUGUAACAAGAAAUCCGUGAAUCUAGUAAACGACAUCGCUCCUAAAAGUAGAGUGGAAUUUUAUGAGAAACUCAACGAAGAUCCGAAAGAAGAUAAGCUUAUACAUAGUAAAAAAUAUGAAAAUGAAGAAUCACCACCAAAUAGCCCGGGUAAGGGCUUGCAAGGCGAGAUAGUUGAUACUUACUUUGAUGAUAGGGAUAGUUGUACAGAUGAUGGUAUCAAAGAAGACUUCGACAUAAAUUACGAUUUCGAGACAGUCUCCAGCUUACAGUUUCCGUCAGAAACAACAGCUCAACUCUAUGACAAAAUCAACAAAAACUUCAUCAGGAUUCAUCUACCAACAUUCUCGCCCACGCAAACCAACUGUCCGAAAAGAAAUUUUGAAAAACUGAUUAGGAUGUACUCUACCAAUCACAAUCAGAUUUACUACUUGGCGGUGAAGCAUUGCAUUGAGAAAUAUGGUAGAAGCAUUGUUGUCAGCUCCCCUCUACAAAUAAAGAACGAAACAUGCUUUGCAUUCAGCGUGUUAUAUCAACCUUCGGUGCUUCAACAACUCAAUCUAGAGCCAGUUGGUGACAUCACAAACCCAUUCGAAACAACAAUGAGAAUAGCAGUUGUCGAAGCUAAUGAAACUUACAACGUACCAUUGUUCAUUGCAUAUCAUUGCAAAUUGUUCAUCCAACCCGCUUAUGCUGAGAGUCACUAUGUAACUGAUUCACCGAUAUGGUGGAAAGACCUAGCGACUGAACUGGGCAAUGCACAUAACUUCUAUUGCAAACCAAAGGAGGGAUCUGGGAUGGAAACGUUCGCCCUUAGGGUGAUGUUGAACAGGCACAUAGCGACCAAGAACAGUCAGACUCACUCUAUACCUAACUAUGUUAUCCACCUGCUGCCACCGUUGAUCAUCCACAACUUUUUACCAUACGCUUUGGAAGUGCUGAAUAUAAGUUUAAAUCAAGUUACCAAGGUCGAUCCUGGUGAGAAAAGCAGCGUUUACUCUGUAGACUUCUCCAAAGAUCAAAAACUACUGAUACGAGUCAAACACAACUCCACUACUUGGUCUGGUCAUCUGAACUUCACUCUGCAUUUAGACGAAAAAAUAGUAAUGCUAAGCACUGAGAGCAAAGAUGAAGGGAAAAAUUUGGCAAUAAAUGUAAAAUCUGAAAAAGAAAGUAGCUAUAGUUUAAUCUUUUAUGCUCCUUAUUGGAUUGUGAACAAGACAGGACUUCCGCUACAAUUGAAAGCAACAGCUUCAAACAAUAUAUACGAGUGCUCCAAUGAGGACAUUUUUCUUUUUACGUACAAAAGGCAUGGGAAACAGACUCUGAAUCUUCGAGCCUAUGAGUCAAACUGGUCUAACGAAUUUGGUCUGGAAUGUGCCGGUACCACAGGAUUGAUAGUUUGCAAAGAUGUCGAGAGGAAGAAGAAAUAUUUGUUUUUCCUCAACACGAGGUUAUCCAGCAUGUGUCCGAGACUCACUAAGAUCGUGACUAUUUUGCCAAGUUUUCUUGUAAGCAACAACACCGACAAGCCUCUAAGAUUCAUGGAACACAACGAAAAAACCGACCUAUGGACCGAUCUGGUACCUCAACAGACUAUGAGAUUUUGGCCGGAGACCAAUUCCAUGGAGAUGUAUGUGAAGUACAGGGACAGCAAGAUGAUAUCUCAGCCCUUCUAUACAGCUGCACCUCACAGAACUGUGCUUAGGAUGGAUAAAGGAAGUGCCUUAACAGUUGAAGUGACAGGAGGAAUAAACGAUUCUUUCCACAUAUCAUUCAACGACUUCAAGCCCGGUGAUGCUCCAAUCCUAGUGAAAAACUACUGUGGCGAUCUCUUUCUUAAGAUCCAACAGCAAGAUUUGAGUCCGGUCACAAUACUCAGACCUUAUAAUUCACUACUCUAUACGUGGGAUGAUGUAACAAAACCGCGAAGACUUGUUUGGAAUGUCUAUAAUAACAAGGGACCUGGCUUUCUCGUCGACAUCAAUAAAGAAGGUUUUGGUGAGGAAAAGAUAAGAUUCCAUAGCGUGACUCCAAAUACAAGUCAAUCUCAAUCUUCGAGCGGCGAAGAUUCCGACAGUUCAGACAGCACCCAACUGAAUUUGAAUAAAAAAGUGCACAAGGAUAAAAUCAUCAUCUAUUGGAUAUGCUAUAGAGAUGGUGUACAGAAAACGCUACUUCUGACUCAGGAACUUAGAAUUUAUAACAGAAUUCUGAAAAUUGUUCAAGAAAAGUGUUAUCUGGAAGGGCUCGUAGCACUAUCAGGUGUCGGUUUGUCCAUAUUCACCUCAGAGAACGACACCAAAGAACACGUUUAUUUUUCAAUCUCGGAUACGCCAGCAAUAUGGGAAGUGAACGUGGGUCAAAAAUGGAAAACGCUCACUUUGGAGUUGGCUUCUUGGAUAGAAGACAAAUAUCGAUUGCAUUACAAGAAAUGUCAACUUAAAGAAUACGUCCACAUUGAUUUCGAGAAAAUGUACAUGUUGAAACCAUUUUUUGCAGAGUUAAGAAGAACGUAUCACCCAGCUGUGUAUUUUCAGUUUAGGAAAUCUUCAUCUCAGCAAUACUACAAUCUAAAGCUCCAAACGGUCCAAAUCGACAAUAAGCAAACCGGCAACAUCGCUUUGCACCCUCUACCUCUUCCCAACUUGAAGGAAGUUGAGCCCUUCGUAGAAUUGGCCCUGUCCAAAAUCGAAUGCAAAGAUGCCACGAUUUACAAGUACAUCAAACUCAAAGUCAGCAACAUGUACCUUUGUAUAGAAAACGAUCUUAUUGUGAAGCUUAGUGAACUGGUGGGAAGGUCGAAGCUGUACUGUGAGGACAGUACCUCGUGUUACGUCAACGAUAUCUCUUCCAUACAUAAGUCAAUUACCGCCGUACCAAGAGUAUCGACCAAAAGUAUUGAUUUCCUCGCGUUAAACAGCUUCGGAAUACAGUUGAACAUUGUAAAUAAGAUACAAAUGAGUCUAGGUUGUAACAAGAUGGCAUUCAGUAAAAUACUGGAUUAUCUAUUCCCGUACAACAUGUCUCCUUAUAUGCCUAUGGAAGGAGUACAUACCAAAGUUUCGUCUAUUGAACAAGCCGAUAUGAACGAAAAUAUAGAGGAUGCCUUAUACAGCCUCUUAGAUCAAGUCACGUCUCAGUUUUUACAGCAGUAUUAUUCGCACGUACUUGGAUUACAAGUACUCGUUAAUACUUUCGCGAUCCAACCAGCUAUAGAGGUAGGAACUUUUGAAUCCGAAAAAAUGGCUGCUAUCGUACUGUACGGCUGUAGAUGUCUUCUGGGACACAUCAACAUGUCCCCGGCUGCAGUGGAAGCCUGCGUCACCGAUAUUUUCGCCAAUCAGAACAUGGAAAACAUACAAAGAAUGCGCAGGCACGGUUCGUACCACAAAUCUGAAAUUCUACCGAAAGCGAUCACUAUUUCCAGUAGGAAUUUUUCGACUGGGGUUCCAAAUGCUCUCAGUCAGCUUAUUGUGAAGACUCAAAAUGGAAUCCAUUGCGAUGGCGAGAUGUUCUUCAGGACAACAGGCAAGGCACUGGUCUCGCUGAUAACCAGGCAUCCAGAUGAAAAGUCUGACAGUGUUGAGGUAGCUAGAGAAGCAUUAAGAAGAGCCUCGCUUUUAGGAGAACCAAUCAAGAUACAUCAAAGAUUGACCAGAUAUAGGAAUAAGUAUCUGGGUUUGAGGCCACUGUCAGUCCAUGAAUCAAUAGGUCAACAUCUUUUGGAAACCAUUUGCAAUUCUCGGUUCAUCAGCGAUACCUACUGGGCGCAUGUUGCUGUAGACAAAGUGGGAAGGUCUAUUGUCAUUGUAUCAUUAGAGCAUGUAAUCAGGAUAAACAAAUGCAGAUUGUGGGGACCAUGGGAGCUGGAUUGGGUUGUAGAUCUAGAUGACAUCACGUCAAUGCCAAAAAUGAAUUGUGUCGACCUGAUACUGAAUUUAAGACAAAGUGAUACAAACACAGAAAGACUUCAACAAAUCAAAAUAUCUGGUCAAAAAGAACUGUUGUUGUGGCUGCAUGAGAAGAUUGAACAAGCCAUCAUAGUAAGCAUGGAAGACAAAUCAUGGACUAUCACAACCAAUGCAUAAGAAGGGAUAUAUUUUGUGUAACAUUUUGAUGUAUAUCUGUCAGAAUAAAGUUAUGAGAUGUUAAACCAUAUUCAA